UAGUUGCCGGUGCAGUACUCUGGACGUCCUGUAGAUGUAUGCCUCGUGCGGCUCCAGUGCUCGUCGAUUGGAUCUCAGCUGGCGUAGUCCGUCUUUCUUCAGCAGCGCCUGCUAAUAUCUCUCCACAGGAAUGGACGCGGGAUUCUUCCGCGGCACGAGUGCGGAACAAGACAACCGAUUCAGCAACAAGCAUAAGAAACUACUAAAGCAACUCAAAUUUGCAGAAUGUCUGGACAAGAAGGUGGACAUGACCAAAGUAAACCUGGAGGUCAUCAAACCCUGGAUUACUCAGCGAGUCACCGAGAUCCUGGGAUUCGAAGAUGAUGUUGUCAUAGAAUUCAUAUUUAACCAGCUGGAUGAGAAGCACCCUGAUAGCAAGAUGAUGCAGAUCAACCUGACCGGCUUCCUGAAUGGAAAGAACGCCAGGGAGUUCAUGCGAGACCUAUGGCCCUUGUUGCUCAGUGCCCAGGAGAACAUCGCUGGAAUCCCCUCUGCCUUCCUGGAGCAGAAGAAGGAGGAGAUCAAGCAGAGACAGAUUGAGCAGGAGAAGCUUGCGUCUCUCAAGAAACUGGAUGACGACAAGAAGGAAAAAGAAAACAAGGAGCGAGAACGAGCUCAGUCCAAGAGCCCCAGGAGGAGGAAGUCACGGUCACCUUCACCACGACGAAGGUCCCCCGUGAAGCGGGACAGGAAGCCCAGCCCCCCACGCUCUCCACGUCACAAGCCCGGCCCAGUGACCGGGGGUACACCCCCACCUGCUUUGAUGCCGCUGCUCCCGAAGCCAGAGGAGCUCCAACCCGAACCCGAGGUGCCAGCAAGCGCCGUUCCAGAGCCUGUCGUCCCCCAGCUUGCCUCUAUCAGUGAGGAGGUGGUGGAAGUGGAGGUGGCGAAAGUGGAUCCUGUCCCUGAGCUGAAGCAGCCUUCUCCAGAGAAGGUUGCCAAGAAGGAGGAGCGGCCAAAGUCCCGGGAGAGGGACAAGGACGGCCGGAGGGACCGGCCCCGCCACCGAUCCCGCUCCCGCUCCCGUCGCCGCCGCUCCUUCUCCAGAUCCUACUCGCCCCGCAGAAGGCCCAGUCCCAGGAGGAGAAUGUCCCCGCGCCGUAGGAGCCCUCCCCGACGUGGCCCACAAAGCUCCCGACACAGACACAGGCGCUCACCUGUCCGACGGAGGCGCUCUCGCUCCGCCUCGACCUCGGGAAGCAGUUCUUCCAAGUCCCACUCGCCCAAGAAGGCUGUGAAGAGAACGUCUGCCACGCCGCCCCGUAAACAGCCACGCCUCCUUGACCCUGCCGGGAGCCCCCCAGGAAAGGACCGCCGCUCCGCGUCCCCGCGGGCCAGGAAGGGCCGCGGCUCCCCCUCUCCCUCCAGAGCUGCCGGGGUAAAACGAAAACCAGUAGUAGGCAGAGCCGAGUCACCAGCAGACAAUCCCAAACCAAGACGAUCUGAAGACUCGGAGUCCGACGAAGAUAAAAAUGAAAAAGACGCAACCGCAGAUUCAGUGCAACAAAGGCGUCAAUACCGCAGGCAGAAUCGUGAGUCUUCCUCAGGUUCCGGUUCUUCUUCCUCAUCAGAGGAAGAGGCCGCCAAGAAACCCCCGGCGCCCGGUCCAGCGCCCCGCAACGGCGACGUCCGCAGGAGGCGCAGCCACUCGGCCUCCCCGCGGAGACGCCACCGGGACGCGUCACCAAGGAGAAGACGGUCUCCUUCUCCACGAGGACGCGGGCGGCGCUCCCCAUCCCCACGCCGGCGCAGAUCCCCCUCUCCCCCCAGACGGAGGUACGGACCCUCGCUGACUCAUCUCACGGUUUUAACCCAAGAAGCCCCUGAUCAGCGGCCUCCUGAUAACCCCCUCGUUGUAUCUACCAGGUCCCCGUCCCCGCCGCCCCGGAGGCGCUCCCCUUCCCCCCCCCCUCGCAGGCGCUCCCCCUCCCCGCGCCGCUACUCCCCGCCCAUCCAGCGCCGGUACAGCCCUUCCCCGGUGCCAGUGCAGAAGAGGAGGAUGUCCGGCUCCCCCACCAAAGGCUCCCCCCCCGCCUCCAAGCGCCGCGUCUCCAGGUCUCCCAAGCGCAGGAGCCCUCCGCCCGGCCAGAAGAGGCGCACGCCCCCGUCUUCCACGUCUCCCAUGCAAAGGCACCGGCGGAGCCCCAUGUUGCCUUCCAACCGGCCGGGCAGGGACGCGCGGUCCCCGGCCGCCGCCGCCAAGCGCCUCUCCCCGUCCCCGGCGCAGCGAGGCCGCGGCGGGGCCAGGGGCUCCGCAAGCCCCCCCAGGCGCUUCGAUGCCACCAGCACCUCUCCAUCCAAUCAGAGGAGGCAGCCGUCCCCCUCCCAUGGCAACAGAGCCAUCCGCAGGGUGUCCAGGACCCCGGAGCCACGCAAGAACCAGAGGUCCUCUGCGAGCCCCCAACCGAUAAAGAGAAUGUCCUCCAGGUCGAGGUCCGUCUCCCCGGCUCCGCCGGCGGCCCUGAAGCGUCCGGCGCCGGGCUCUGCCUCUCCUUCUCCCUCUCGCUCUGCCAGCGGCUCUCCUCCUCCAGCCAAGAAGGCCAGCAGCGGUUCUGCCAGCCCAUCCCCCAGCAAGAAUUCGGACGCAGAGGGCGGAAAGAAGAAGAAAAAGAAGAAGGAGAAGAAACACAAGAAAGAGAAGAAGCAUAAGAAACGCAAGAAGCACCGGAAGGAGAAGAGCGGCGGCCCGGCGACGGGAAACGGCCAGGAGAGCCUUGGGGCGAACGAGGACCAAGAUUCAAAAAAGGAAUCAGACAGCGAAGUAGAGGACAGCCUGGAUGAUCUAGAGAAGCACCUGCGGGAGAAGGCACUGCGCUCCAUGAGGAAAGCACAGAUUUCCCCAUCGCAGAUGUCCUGAGAGCCAGGGCGUGUGUUAAUUCUGCUGUCUCUUUCCCCCUUAUCCUCCCCCCCCUCUCUUUUUGAAGUUUGUCCCUGACCUGGUUCAGCUUUAGAAUGUACAAAUUAUUUGUUCUUUAGUCAUAUUUUUUUUAUUAUUAUUACGGGUUUGGUUUGUCUGCAAGGUUGGGGUUAUUAAUAGGUUGAUUUGAACCAGGAUAUCUCAUUUCAGUUUAACCCAUUGUGUAUUAUGAAGGUAUAUUAUCUAAACCGUGACAUACCUGUUCCUACUUAUGGGUUUAAGGACUGAAACGGUCUAAAGAACAUGGCCUGCAUUAGGGAACAUGUCAAAUCUACCACAAACACACACACACACACACAAUAGCCGACUACAUGUGAAUUUGACUGCAUGUAGGACUUCCAUAACUCUGAUGUGCAUGACCAACGACCUAGGAGUGUAGAGGGGAACUGGCAUUCUGUUACAAGGACCUAUACAUAGACCUAGGACAGUCUCACACCACUCUUCUGCGUGCACUGUAUACAACAUUGUAGCAGAAUGUCUUGCCUCAUAUUUGAUGUUCUACAGGUGUUUGGCAUCUUAAAACUAUGCUGUUAAUGUAUGGCUCUGAAACAGUCUGAGAGGUUACUUUCAUUUUCAAAAUAAAUUGGUAUAACGUUAUGUUGAUCUUGCGCCCGUGUACCAUUUCCUACCUGGCUUUUGACAUCCUUUGAAAUUAAAAACCUUUUUUAUAAUAUCUGGGGGUUGUACUUUCUU